AUGGCGGACGAAGCCGGAGCUAACGCAGGUGAGUCGAUGCCCAACUCAAUCCUGAGUACUUGUUCCUGUCGACCCUUAGCAGCUCUCCGUCAUCUUCUGCACAGACGAGCAGCUGCGGCACGCAGCUCGGACUGAUUCGGUAGAGCUUUACGAUCAAGCCUUGGCUACAGAGUCGGGCGUCGACUUUUCCUCCGCCGAUGGUCUUGGCAACACAGCUUUGCACCUUGCGGUGACGAAUCAGAGCACGCAAGUGCUGGAAAGAUUGUUAGAGGAGGAGGUUGAUGUGGAUCUGCCAAACAGGAAAGGCAACACUCCUCUUCACUUGGCAGUCGCUGGCGAACCUGGUGAAGCGAGGGUGUGGAUCGGUGAGUGGAUCAAGAGCUCACAAUUCAUGUGCGCCCAGCAGCCGAGCUGAACGUCGCAUUGCUUUACGCAACUGUGGUAGUCGAGCAGCUACUCGAGUGCGGUGCAGAUCCGCGUGAAGUCAACAAAGAUGGUGACAAGCCCGCCGAGAUUGUGGCAGACGGAAAUAGCGAGGAGGGUCAGAGCAUCAAAGCGCUGCUUCGCGAAGCAGAGGGCAAAGUCAACAUCAGCAAUGACGACAUCGCAGGCGAGUGACUUUUGCGCCAAAAGCGCAGCAAGCACUGCUGCAUCCGUUGUUUGCUAACGUGUCACAUUUACGUGAUCUUAGACGAGGAUGAUGAUGAUGACGACGACGGACCGCCAUCGGAGGAGGAUUGA